GGCGGGCUGGGGUUUCCGGGCAUCUGGUUGCCCAGGCUCUGGGGUUUUAGAGCUGGAGACCCCCGUGCGUUUAUUUUCCAGGACAGUGAUUUGUAGGUGGUCUCUAGGGUUCCUUCUUUCUCCAAAUUUCUGUUAGUUCAAGUUAAGGAAACUGGGGAAGGGGGAGACUCAUUUCUUAAAUAUAGUCAGCUGGUUAUGAGGAAAACCCACCCAUCGUCCCUUAAGCCUAGAGCCAUGUAUCUUCCCUCAAAUCCUUUUGCUGAGACUUUGAAGAGGGACAGGAGAAUGGAGGAAUGGGGAAUAAAUAAAAGGGUUCUACCAGGGGCUUUAUAAGGAGCAGAAUCUCAGCUCCUCUGUCCCUGAGCCCGGGCCAAAGAUUGCCCUGCCAGGCUCUCCUCACCAGCCCCCUCUGUCGGGCUAGUGCCUGUGCUGGGAAGGUGGGCCAGCAAUCUUUUCCUUUUAUAAUGGUCAUGGCCAUUGGUGGAGGAGGGGUCUGGGAGUGGCAGAUGGACUUGCUCUCCCCGCCCCCACCCCUUCCCAGAGAAUGGUCUGUACCCAUUGCAAGGGGGCGAGUUGUAAGAGAGCAGAUGGCCACCCCCAGCUUCCAGUGUCUGCCCAGAUGGCUGCCCCCACCCCCAUAUCUGUGCUAUGCUCUGGAUAUGGGGAACUCCACAUGCACUGGGGGUUGUAGGCCUGGGAAGCCAGGUGUUUACUGUCCUUCUUCCCAAGGGUGCCCUGGUGACAUUUUCUAUCCUGGCCAACUCAAAUGAGGACGAAUCCUAUUCCAUUGCUGGCAGCGAGGGGAGCAUAUCAGCUUCUGCUUCGGGUCUGGGUGCCCCCUCUGGCCCCAGCUCUGGCCUCAGCUCUGGCCCUUGUUCUCCGGGUCCCCCAGGGCCAGUCAGUGGCCUGAGGAGAUGGUUGGAUCAUUCCAAACAUUGCCUUAGUGUGGAAACUGAGGCAGAUGGUGGUCAGGCGGGGCCAUGUGAGAACUGGUUGCUGGAGCCAGGCUUUCCUGCAGGAGAGGAGUUGCCAGAACUGACCCUGCUGACCACACUGCUGGAAGGCUCUCGAGCUAAGACACAGCCACCUGAAGAGGAGACGUCCCAAGCUCCUGAGAGUGAGGAGGAGCAGAAGAAAGCAGCUCUGGAAAGGAGUAUGUAUGUCCUGAGCGAACUGGUAGAGACAGAGAAGAUGUAUGUGGACGACUUGGGCCAGAUUGUGGAGGGUUACAUGGCGACCAUGGCUGCUCAGGGAGUUCCCGAGAAUCUUCGAGGCCGUGACAGGAUUGUGUUUGGGAAUAUCCAGCAGAUCUACGAGUGGCACCGAGACUAUUUCCUGCAGGAGCUGCAGCAGUGUUUGAAGGAUCCUGAUUGGCUGGCUCAGCUAUUCAUCAAACAUGAGCGCCGGCUGCAUAUGUACGUGGUAUACUGUCAGAAUAAGCCCAAGUCAGAGCAUGUGGUGUCAGAGUUUGGAGACAGCUACUUUGAGGAGCUCCGGCAGCAGCUGGGGCACCGCCUGCAGCUCAGUGACCUCCUUAUCAAACCUGUGCAGAGGAUCAUGAAAUACCAGCUGCUUCUCAAGGAUUUUCUCAAGUAUUAUAGUAGAGCUGGGAUGGACACUGAAGAGCUGGAGCAAGCUGUGGAGGUCAUGUGUUUCGUGCCCAAGCGCUGCAAUGAUAUGAUGACCCUAGGGAGACUGCGGGGUUUUGAGGGCAAGCUGACUGCUCAGGGGAAGCUCUUGGGCCAAGACACAUUCUGGGUCACAGAGCCUGAGGCUGGGGGGCUACUGUCUUCCCGGGGUCGAGAGAGGCGUGUCUUCCUCUUUGAGCAGAUUAUCAUCUUCAGCGAGGCCCUAGGAGGAGGCGUGCGAGGCGGAGCACAGCCUGGCUAUGUGUACAAGAGCAGCAUCAAGGUGAGCUGUUUGGGACUGGAGGGAAACCUCCAAGGUGACCCUUGCCGCUUUGUCCUGACCUCCAGAGGACCAGAGGGUGGGAUCCAGCGCUACAUCCUACAGGCUGCAGACCCUGCAAUCAGUCAAGCCUGGGUCAAGCAAGUGGCUCAAAUCCUGGAAAGCCAGCGGGACUUUCUCAAUGCAUUGCAGUCACCCAUUGAGUACCAGAGACGGGAGAGCCAGACCAACAGCCUGGGGCGGCCAGGAGGGGUGGGGAGCCCUGGGAGGAUCCGGCCCGGGGACCGGACACAUGUCAGCACACAUGCACCGACCAAUGGCUCUCUCCCCUCCCUGCUGUUGUUGCCCAAAGGGGAGGAGGCCAGAGCCCCCCUGCCCCUGGACACAAAGGUCCUUGGCGGUAUCUCCCAGGUUCCUCAUGACUCUCCUCUGGUUGCUCCAAACCCAAACACCCCUCCCUGCCAGGCCAGACUUGCCAAGCUGGAUGAAGACGAGCUAUAACUGGUGAUGGCCACGGGUGGUGCCGACAGCCACCUGCUCCCCAGAGAGCUCUGGGCAAUCCGCCUGCGACCGUGCCAGGAUUCCUCCUCCUCAGUGUAUCUGGAGAGAGGGGAAGGCUGAGAGUGAUGUCAACUUGGAAGAGUACCUAGACCCAAAAGGACCAAGUUCUGCCCAAGGAACACAGAUUCCUUCAGCCCCGUCCCCAUGCAUGCAUCACGGUCCCCCAGAAGGAGGAUAUGUGGGUGGGUGGGAGGGCUGGG